UAUUGAUACAUGAUGUAUUGAAAAAUAUUUUUUCAAUGAAGUGAUUAUGAAAUAGGAAUUGUUAUUUUCUAGCUCGUAAGUUUUGACUGGAAAUGGCAAACGGAUAUCAUGCUGAGAUAUAUUGCAUCUACGUCUGUGUGAUGCUUUUUAUAUGUCUCUGUUUAUUCAAAUAAAUAUAUUGUGUGAUCACAUAAACAUCAACGUCGAGUCUCUACGCGUCUCAAAACAAGUGCAGGGCUAUAAUAUCAACUGCAACGUCAUUUUGUCUUGGAGAAAUAAUGGGUAACAUAAUACCCUUUGAUAGUAGCAAAAAAGAAGAAUGCGAAGAAAUUGCCAAGCAGUUCGUGGCAACAUUUGGCGGAUACUAUGUGCUUUAUUACGGUGUCGAGUUAGUAAAAAUGAAAAUGAAAGAGAUUGAAAAUGAUGCGAACGCUGAAGAAGAAAGUGAGAAAAAACUGAUGUACAGAGAGGAUGUUGCCAUCACAGAUCCUCUUACAAUGGGACAUCUCACAAAAAGAGGAGGAAUAAUAAGAAAACAGUGGAAAAGAAGAUAUUUUGUUGUUAAUCCCGACUUUACUGUGUCAUAUUAUGAAUCAGAAGAAACGUACAACCAAGGCUCCAAACCUAAGGGUAAAAUAAUACUUGCUGGCUACAAUGUCGAAGAAAAUGCUGACAAUGCAAAACUAGAAAAGAUGAGAACGGUCGCUGAGUCACUUGGUGUGAGGGAAGACUCAAUAACUUUGCCUACAAAUGCUCCACCCAACACCUUGGUACUAUCACAUGACAGAAGGCGCAAGUACUAUCUCACGGCUGAAAAUGAGGAAGAAAAAAUGGAUUGGGUUGAAAUGUUCAAGACUUGUGCAAGGAAGACGAAAGGUUUCAAGAACAAAGAUCCCGUUGGGAAUGCGGCAUUUAUGACUGCCUAUCGCGAAGCAUGCAAGGAGUCAAACUGGAGUGCAAAAAGAGUUAAGGGAGGGACUGAAUUACAGAUAUUGAGUGAAACAUUGGCUGAGCUGGUCAAUGAUCGUGUAAUGGCAAGUGCGUACAAUGAUGUAGUAGAUAACUUGCCCUUUAGAACGGUAAUCACAAAACAGGUUAUGAAGGUGCUAGAUAGAAUAAUCAUUCGCAUCGUGAAGCCAGCUUACAAAGGUCUUGCCGCAACAGUGGAGAAAAUGAAACCUCCCAUUGAAAAAACAUUCGACGAAAAAAAAGAUGAUAUCAUAGAAGUAUACAAGCAGAUGAAAGAAAAAUUGAUGGAAAAGAUUGAAGCAAUUAUGAACAACAUAGGAAGAGAAAUCUUCAACGAGGCCAAUAGACUGUACAAUGAUCUGAAGGAAUUGUCAGUGCGAACAACAAAAGAGAUGAGAAAAGUGUGUGUUGUCCGUUUGAUGAAUAGCUUGAUUGAAAAAACAAAGCAAAGCGAGAAUGUUGAGGGAACCAUGGAAAUGCAUUACAAAAAGUUUAAUCGUGUAAAGCAUAAAACAAAUGCCUGGGAUCAUUGGUACAAAGUAUUUAAUAUGGAAAUGGAAAUAAUAGGCAUUAUUGAUAAAUACGAGAGCACGUUUGGUCAACGUGGAAAUUAUGAUCAUGUUUAUGCAUCUCAUGAGAUGCUGGCACGGGUGGCAGAUGCAGCCUUUUAUACUUUUGAAUUAACUUUGGAGACUUACAGCAAAGAAAAUGACAUCUAUGAAGAUAACACCAAAGCAUCAAAGAUGAUGAAGAAAGUCAAAGAUGAAGUUCUUCUGAAAUACGAUUAUGACUCACAAGUAACCCCACAUGAAAUAAGCUUCAAGAUUACAACGGAUAUUGUUAAAGAAUACUUUAUCACGAAAGCUGAGCCAAUGGUAAAAGAGAUCUUAAAACAGCUAGAGAGCUUCAUACCAAAACCUCUCGAAAAACUCGUUAGCAUUAGAGAAAGAUAUCAUCUUUAUGUUGAAGAAAGUGUGAAAAACUUAAUAAAACGAGAAAACAAUAAUGUUUCUCAUGGGAAGAAUGACUAUUUAAGAGAAAAUCAAUUGUCAGGAGAGAAGAGAGUUUUAAAACAGAGAAGAAAAGGUAAGAAAGAAGAGGACGAAAUUGAAGAAGGAGAGGAAGAAGUCGAAGGAGAAGAGGAUGAAGUUGAAGAAGAGGAGGAAGAAGUAGAAGGAGAAGAGGAUGAAGUUGAAGAAGAGGACGAAGUUGAAAAAGAAGAGGACAAAGUUGAAAAAGAAGAGGACGAAGUUGAAGAAGAAGAGGAUGAAGUUGAAGAAGAAGAGAAUGAAGUUGAAGAAGACGAAUGUUCAGAAGAGUAGAAUGAAAAUAUUUAAUCAAUGCAUACAAUGUAAUGAGCAUUGAUGAAGUCAAAAAUAUUAAUUAUCGUAGCACUAUCUUUCCGACUGACCUAUAUACCAAAACUGGAUUUAAACAUUCACUAACUACUUUACUAUAUUCUUGCAAUUUGUACUUUUACACCAACAUAUAUUGUUUCAGUUUAUCAAUUGUGAGUAUGAAAUGUACGUAUGCCAACAAUGCUAACAUAAUGUCGUAAUUGCACAUUGUAACAAAAAUUGUAAUGUGAGCUUGAAUUAUAUCUUUAACUGAAAUGUA